CUUCGCCUGCUGCUUCCACCUUCCGCCCGGUGCAGCCGCGGCUUUCGGCGCGACCGUCGUCGCUUCCCAUCGUUGUGCUGGCCCUGCGGCGCCCGAGCCCGCAAUGUCGGGCCCCAACGGGGAUCUGGGCAUGCCGGUGGAGGCGGCCACGGAAGGAGAGGACGACGAUUUCGAGGAAGCAGAGUACGCCGCCAUCAACUCCAUGUUGGACCAGAUCAACUCCUGCCUGGACCACCUGGAGGAGAAGAACGACCACCUCCACGCCCGCCUCCAGGAGCUGCUGGAGUCCAACAGGCAGACUCGCCUCGAGUUCCAGCAGCAGCUUGGGGAAGCUACCGGUGAUGCCAGCCCCUAGGCCGUGGGAGCCCCCAGGGCAGGCCCAACCCUGCGUCCCUGGGCCAGGCUCAGCCUGGGCACUCACCUUCUGGCCUCAACACCCUCUUGAAGGCUAGCCUUUGGUCCCUCCUGGGCCCAGGGGUGGGCUGGUCACCCACCCACCAGUCUGCCCACCUCCCGGGAAUGCCCCACUCUGUCCAGGACCAAAUGUCCACAUUAAACAGGUCUCCCACA